AUGAAGCAGACCCUCACCUUGUUCUCCAUUGCCGUCACCCUGCUGGCAGGACGCUGCGCGGGCGGAGCGGCCACGUCGGCUGGAACCUCGAACGUGCCCGGCGCUGGCCAGGUGGUGGUCAAGCAGGUGAAUGGCGCGCCCAACAUCUGCUUCUACGCCGCCAAGGACAGCUACCAGGCCACCUGGUUCAUUGCCAACAAAAAGGGCGGCUCGAGCAUCUCCAACGUGCCCUACUACUUUGGCGACAGCUGCACCGACGCCACCUCGACGCCCGCCAUGCACCAGGCCUACACCGACUUCCUCGACCCCAAGCUCGCGGCUGGAAAGUACUACGUCGAUGUCAACGACCACUACUAUCCCAUCCCGGCCUUUUCGUUUGGCGGCGGCGGCGGCAAGUGA